ACAGGUCAAUGGUGAUGGUUCCUCCUUUCCAAUAUACUCGGGAGCAAAUGAAAUGGUUAGGCAUACUGGAAUUGCCAAAUGCACCGAGACCUCUACGAAAUGUUAUAACAUUUGUUGUGGUAGCUUUGUGUUUUAACAGUAAUUUAUCUUCGUUCCUUUACUUUCUGCUUGAAGACAAACCAUUCUUCGAGAAGACCGAGAGUAUACUUAAUGGUAUAGGUUGCCUCCAUGUCUUUUCUAAAGCAUUUGUAUUGCCAUUUAAAAGGAAAAUUCUGCUGUCCGUCAUGUCUGAUCUGGACGAUAUGUCAGUCGACAGCAAUAGGUUUGAAGAAUUCAGAAGGCAGUGUGAUAGAAACAUAAUGCUGUCUCGCAAGAUCCCGCAGACAGUCCAGAUGUCGAUGUGCGCUCUCCUGUUUUGCGGUACCAUCGUGAGUAUAGUGCAGUACACAACGCAAGGGACUGUGUCGGCCCCUUUACAGUUGUAUGUUCCCUUCAAGGACUACAACAUUCUCCUAACCGUAAUCUACAAUUACUUUCUUGUUCUGCCAUCGACGUUUAUUUUUUCGGUCAUGGUGUCAACUCUUAUCGCCCUCUCGUUGAACAUUUCCUGCCAGAUAUCGUAUCUUAUUAUGAAGUUAGAGAACUUGGGGACUGACCCUUCUUCAAAUGAAAUAGACAGUUGUAUAGUGCUCCACCAAAAAAUUAUGAGGGUUGUUACAAACGUGAAUUCCUUAAUUUCUGGCUUAUUGUUCUUCGAAUACUUACUGACGUCCAUGCAGUGUUGUUUAUCAGGAUUCCAGCUGCUUGCUAAUAAGAAGAAUGAUGGUAUUGCCGAAUUUCUCUACCACUGUACAUUCUUUGCCAUCUCAGUUACAUUCUCUUCUGUCAACUGUUACUGCGGAAACAUCAUAAAACUAAAGAGUGAAAAUAUAUUUGAAGCAGCUUAUUGCAAUAAUUGGUACAGCUUAACCUUAUUGGAUCGAAAAAAAUUACUGGCAUUACUGUUAGUUUCAUCAAAGCCUCUUACGCUCUCCUAUCGGCACUUGAUUACAUUUGAUUUGGCACUCUAUGGAAUCAUACUGAAAGGUGCCUAUUCCUUGGUUACUGUGUUGCAAACAAUGGAAAACGUUUAG